AUGUACAAAGUUGGUCAUUCAUCAGCGGUUCCUCGUCCCACGCUCGUAUACAAUGAUGAAAAAACAUUGAAUCAGUAUGGUACUGAAAGUAGCGAGCAGUCCAAGAAUCAUUUAAAUGCACAAAUCCCAGCUCUUUCCAAGCGAAGUCAUUUUCGUACUUCUGAGCCAAAAAGACGCUUCAAUAUAGAAGCUGUGUCUGUAUUAGCAAAAGUAACUAAAAACUUCAACUGUACUGACGAUGGUCGACCAGAUCAAACCAUUAAACACUAUCGACCAAAAACAGAAAUUCCCGCAGAUUUUGUGCCCUUUGAUAUCGAGGGAUAUUUGACGGAGCGUUUCCUGAAAGAUGUUAAUUUGGAUCCAAAUAUUGUAAAUAGUUUUGUAAGUAAAAACAUAUCGCAAUGA